AUGCAUAUCAACGCGAUAAGAAGGGCCAAGGAGAGGAGUCGGUCUGGCUCGUUAGAAGGUCAGUUGCUCGACUCUAUAGCGGAGCACAGCAACUCCAACCGUGAAAGCGGCAGACAGAGCGAGAAUAACGAAGGAGCUUCUAGCGAGGCGCGGGAGGCAGGGGAAACCGGAGCACGAACCGGAUUAGAGGAGAUAUGUGAUUCAGGGGAUGAUGGACACGCGGACAUGGCGAGCUACAGUGAUUAUGGCUUGUCGUUUGAUAUGGUUGGGAAGGCCGGAGCAAACGGGGAGGAGCAGGUGGGUUUCACGGAUAAGUUCAGGCAAAUGGGGAAGCGGAACCAGAUGCAUAUCAACGCGAUUAAAAGGGUUAAGGAGAGGGAGAGGAGCCGGUCUGCCUCGUCAGAAGGUCAACUGCUCGACUCUAUAACGGAGCACAGCAACUCCAAUCGUCUGAGUGGCAGUGGCAGACAGAGUGAAAAUAAUGAAGGAGCUUUUAGCGAGGCGCGGGAGGCAGGGGAAACCGGAGCAGGUACCGGAUUAAAGGAGGAUUGUGAUUUAGGGGAUGAUGGACACGUGGACAUGGCGAGCUACAGUGACUAUGGCUUAUCGUUUGAUAUGGUUGGGAAAGGCGGGGCAAGCGGGGAGGAGCAGGUGGGUUUUACUGAUAAGUUCAGGCAAGCGGGGAAGCGGAACCAGAUGCAUAUCAACGCGAUAAGAAGGGCCAAGGAGAGGAGUCGUUCUGGCUCGUUAGAAGGUCAAUUGCCCGACUCUAUAGCGGAGCACAGCAACUCCAACCGUACGAGUGGCAGACAGAGUGAAAAUAACGAAGGGGCUUCUAGCGAAGCGCGGGAGGCAAGGGAAAACGGAGCAGGCACCGGAUUAAAGGAGGAUUGCGAGUUAGGGGAUGAUGGGUCUGUGGACAUGGCGAGCUACAGUGAUUACGGCUUAUCGUUUGAUAUGGUGGGGAGGGGCGGGGCAAACGGGGGGGAGCAGGUGGGUUUUACGGAUAAGUUCAGGCAAGUGGGGAAGCGUAACCAGAUGCAUAUCAACGCGUUUCGGAGGGACAAGGGCUGGGGCAGGAACGGCUCUGAUUCGUUAGUGGGUGGGUUGGAUGACUCCAUGAUGGUGCAGUCCGGUUUUAAGGUUGCUGGAGGGGAUGGGGGAGAGGGCGAAGACACGAGGUGCGGAGGUUUGGGUUCUGUUGAAGCGGGUAGCAUGGCUGUUGCUGGGGGCAGCGUUAGUGGCAGCAGGGGAGGCAGGGCUUGUGCUAGUAGCGAGAGUGACUGUAACGAGCGGGUGUUUGAUGCGAACACUGCAGCAGUGGCAGGGGAAGGCACGGUUGACAAGGGUGGGGAGCAGCAGGCUGGUGAGGGGGACGCUGGGGGGAGCGCUGGGGAGAGCGCUGGGGGGAGCGCUGGGGGGAACGCUGGGGAGAGCGCUGGGGGGAGCGCUGGGGAGAGCGCUGGGGGAGGCGCUGGGGGAGGCGGUGAUGGUGAUGGGUGUCAGGAAGGGCAUGCUGAGCCAUUGGCAUCACUCUCGUUCCGAACAGCAGCGGAUUCUCUCCCCUGCACUGAAGCACCUGCGUCCCUUGCGUGCACCGACGCAAUCACGCCCCUCCGCCGCACGAAAGCAUCCGCGGAAUCCUUUUCUGGGAGCUUGCUGGCGUCAGCAACUCUCCCCUCGGCCUUGCUGUCAGUGCUGGCCAAUAGAGGAGAAGCAAGCCUGGGGAAAUGUGAGGCCGCCCCGGGCGCUUCAGCGGAUGCUUCAGCCUCUCUUGAUGCUUCAGCAACUUUUGCAACGUCUGGAGAUUCGGCUGAAAGGGAGUUGAGGGAUGAGUGUGGCUUGGCAGGACAGCAGAAGCUGCCUCCCACUGGUCAGCAGCAUCGCCGUCUUUCUGUCCCCUGCCGCCCGGUCUCGGCCGCCAGGUGGCGUGCCACGAGUGGCCUGCCGUCCCGGGCGGCCAUCAAGAGAGACGCUGAGCUGGCUGCCAGGCUGGCAGAGAUCCGAGCUGGAUACGCUGGGCGGUGGGUGGGAGAGGAUAAGAUUGAGCGGGAGGGCCCGGGGGUUCAUACAAGCACUUUCAGUCGAUUCAGCAGCCUUGUGGAGUCGUGUGAGCGAGGAGAGGGAGAAGGGAAGGUGGAAAGAGGAGAAGGAGAAGGGGAAGGAGUGAGAGGAGAGGGGGAAGGGGUGGGAGGAGAAGGGGAAUGUGUGAGAGGCGAAGGGGAAGGAGUGGGAGAAGAAGAGAAACGAAAGGGAGAAGGAAAGUUAGAGGGAGAAGGAAAGGAGGGAGGAGAGGGAGCGGAGGAAGGAGUGAGGACAGAGGGAAGGGAGGCAGGGGAGGAAGGAGUGAGAGCAGAGGGAGGGGAGGAAGCGGAAGGGGGAAAGGGAGGAGAAGGAGGAGAGGGAGGGGAGGAGGUGGCGAGGGUAGUGGGGCAAGGGGAAAGGAUGCAAGGAGUACACGGGCGAGGCAUCUCAAGUGCAGAAACAGCAGAAGAAGAGAGCGCAGAAGGAAGUGCAAACGAAAGUGCAAACGAAAGUGCAAACGAAAGUGCAAACGAAUGUGCUUCCUGGAAGGGGUUAGUGCAAGGCCAGCUGCCAAUCACCACCGUUGGUGCUGAAUCUGCUGCUCGUGAUCCGAAUGCACCUGCUGCAUCCAACGGCCCAGAUGCAUCUGCAGCGUUCAACGGCCCAGAUGCCCCAGCUGUGUCUCCUCUGGAUCCAGAUUCCGCUCCUCAUAGGGUAACAGGUGAUGGCUACAUGGAAUCUGCCCCUGUACCGUUCUCAACCGUUGGAUUUCCUGCAGAAUCAUCUCUCUGCUCCGAUGAGGAUAUUCUGGCAGCAGCAGCGAUGGUCGAGGCAGCCAUAGGGAGUUUCGCCGCAGAUUCCAGGGUGAUUUACCCUCGCAAAAAAAGGGAAGUGGGGGGAGCAGGGGGAGGGGGAGGGGCUGGAGGAGGAGCAGGGGGAACGGGAAGUGGGGUGAUGCGAGUGCCGGCGAAAGUGGUGGCGGAGGGAGGAGUAGGGCCGGGGAUGAUUGUGAGGAGGAAGGCAGGUCAAGCCCCUCGCAUGUGGACUGUUCCCACCAUGGAUUUAGAAUCCGCCCUAGAGGCAGCUAUGUGGGCUGCUGAUCGGGUGGAGCAGGAGGUUUGUGACGCAAAGGCAUCCAGGCCAACACAGCAUGAGAAAGGAGGAAGGAACGCAGUUCAAGGGGGAGGAAGCAUGGAGCAGGUCUCUGGAAAGAGUUACUGGGAAGGUGAAGGGUAUUGGGAAGACGAGGGAGGGAAGGAACGUGGUGAAUGUGAGGAAAACGAAUGGAACGAAGGAGAGGAGGAAGAGAAAGCGGAUGGGGAGGAGGAGGAGGAGGAGGAGGAGGAGGAGGAAGAGGAGGAGGAAGAGGCGGAAGAGGAGGAAGAGGAGGAUGGGGAUUCAGAUUGGGAUGAGGAGGAAGACGAUGCAAGCUCAGAAGGCAACUGUAUGUUCAUGCUCCCCGUGCCCAUUCUCGACCUUUCUGAUGGCUUCUCACUCUCCUUUCCUCUUGAAGCCUUUGCCAGCUCUCGGUUCGCAGCAGUGCUCAAGUCCCUCAGCAGACCUGCCGGGACAUCUAAGGCUAACACGAGUCCGGAGAGGCAGGAUAAAGUGGAUGCAGCAACAAGGCGGCUGCUGCAGCUGCAGGAGCAUCUGAGACGGCUGAGCAGGCAGGGGCUUAUUGCAGGGGAUGGGGAGGACGAGGCUGGUGGGAGAGUGAGUGAGGGAGUGAGAGAGGAGGGCGCCUUGGAGAGCCAGGGGGUAUGCCAGGGGGUGUGCCGGGGGGUAAAUGAGGGGGACUCUGUGGGUGAGGGAGACAGGGAUAUUGCUGCUGAGAGCCAGGGGGUAGGGCAGGGGGUAGGGGAGGGGGUAGAGCAGGGGGUAGGGCAGGGGGUAGGGCAGGGGGUAGGGCAGGGAGCACAGCAAGAGUUUAGCCCAGGAGGUGAUUUGCACGGCAAGGGAAUCAGCCAGGGGGUUGCUCCUGAGACAAACGAGUUGGCUUUUGAGUCCACUCUAGAGCCAGGGGGUUACUUGAAUGUCCAUGGUGUGAGCCAGGGGGGCGCUCCUGAGGAAACACCUGAGGGCCAUGCUUGGGACGUGGAGAGGCAGGGAGACAGUGUCAGUUUGGGUGUGAGCAGCAGUGGUGGUGGCAGCAGCAGGAGUGAGGGGUCUUGUGCGCGUGGGGAUGCUGCUGUGAUGGAGAGAAACGCUUUGGAUGGGGAUAUUAAUCUCGCCGCUGCUGCUUCAGCUGGUAUUGGUUCGGCUGGUGCUGGUUUGGCUGGUGCUGGUUCGGCUGGUGCUGGUUCGGCUACUUGUGCUGGUGCUGGUGGUGCAGCUGAAGCGUCUGCUCCUGCUGGUGAUUCUACCGUUGUGCAGGCUAGCAGCGGGGAUAGUAGUGCCAGUGAAAUUUCAAGCAGCAUGAGUGCAGAAGGGGCUGAGGGUGCAGCUAGUGGGUGUGAGUCUGAGAGCAGUUAUUGCACGGCCAGGUGUGACAGUGUUGCCGGGUGGAGUAGCGCCAGCUCUGCUGCUGUUGAAGGGAGGAAAGAUGGGGGGUCGAUAGCUAGAGUGCCCAAGAGCAAAAUUCUUUCGCUGUUGAAGGGAGGAAAGAUGCAGGAAGGGAACGGGAAAGGUGAUGGGGAGAAUGGGAAAGAGGAGAGGGAGAAGGGACGGGAGGAGAGAGGGAAGGGACAGGAGGAGAGACAGUUAGAGCAGGAGGUUAAGCCAGAUGGGCUGCGCCCAUGGAGAAUAAAGGCUGGUAAGAACAAGUCGUAG